AUGAUGAAGACUUUAACAAUAGGGGAUUUAAAUCAAUUAGUAUAACUUUCGGAAGAGGAAUUUACUAAAGCAGAAGAAACAUCUAGAAUGACUAAUAGAGGUAUUGUAUCCUUCUACUCGAUGUUUGCAAUUGCAAUUCAUAUUGUGUUAUGUGUUGAGGUGUUUAACUACGAAAACACAGCUUCUAAGGUUUGCUCCAUACUUGCAAGUGCUUUCUUCAUGGUACAGCAUUGCUACAACGGAAGACUUGGUUGCCUCUUCAACCUGUGCUGCACUUUACCAAUCUGUAUUGCAGGGUUUGCUAUAAGUAAUGUGAAGUUAGUAAAUACUCUCGCCUUUAUUUUCCAACUUUGUAUUUGGUUAGGAGAAUAUUACUAUUUGGUAAUACAAAUAAAUACAGAUGCCUUGCUUAAACAACGACCAAAGGCACAACAGGGAACCAAUGAUUAGAAUAGUGGAAAAUUAGUAAUAAAAGUAGAUGGGUUACAAUUAUCAAACACUCAACAAUAGGAAAUUAAGAAAGAGAUUAACGAAUUAGCAGGGCUACUUCAAAAUGGUUUGCAAUAAAUCAGCCACUAACAAUAGCAUCAAUAGGAGUUAACUGAAAAAUAGUAGAAAUAAGAGGAAAACCCAACCUAAUAAAAUUGA